CCAUCUGACUCUCUUUCCCCGGCUUCAUUUUUCCGUGGUAUGUAUUAGUGAGCGGGGCUCUAUCACUUAUUCCGUCACUUCCUCCAGUCGAGAAGUUCCCAUAGUAGGGUUCAUUGUCCUCGAUUCAUCCCCGUUAUCUGGGACCCUUGGAUUUGUUCUUCCUCUGCUCCCCUUUAUUGCGGUGUCACGCUUGUUGCCAUGGACGUUGAAGGUUCUCGCAAGAGAGGAAGGCCUGAAGCUGCCUCUAGUGGCAAUGGCAGCCUUAAGAAAUCCAAGACAGAUAAUCAAGCAAGGGAGCAUAUUGAACAAUUGCAGAGACUUCAGCAAAAGGACCCAGAAUUUUAUGAGUUCUUGAAAGAGCAUGACAAGGAGCUUCUACAAUUUGAUGAUGAUGAUGGUGCUGAUAUUGAUGAAGAAUUUGAUACUGAUCUGGAAGAUGGAGGUCUACAGCUAGAUGAGAAAGCCAAGAAGCUUGAUUUUUCAGAAAAGGAACAAGGACUUAAGAAAGCCUUAACCACUGCUGAGGUUGAUUCAUGGUGCAAAUCGAUCCAAGAUAAUGGGAGCUUAAGUGCAGUUCGAUCCCUGAUGAAAGCUUUUAGGACUGCAUGCCACUAUGGUGAUGACGGAGGGGGAGAGUCUACAACAAAACUUAGCAUCAUGUCCAGUAGUGUGUUCAACAAAAUAAUGCUAUUUGUACUGAAUGAAAUGGAUGGGAUACUACGAAAUUUGUUGAAGCUUCCUUCUUCUGGUGGAAAGAAAGAAACUAUACAAGGUCUAAUGGCAACAAAGUUAUGGAAGAACCGUAACCAUUUAGUGAAGUCCUACCUCGGAAAUGCCCUCCAUGUUUUGAACCAGAUGACUGACACAGAAAUGAUAUCCUUUACUUUACGCCGGCUUAAAUAUUCUUCCUUGUUUUUGGCUGCUUUUCCUACCCUCUUAAGGAAAUACAUUAAGGUAGCCCUUCAUUUCUGGGGGACAGGGGGUGGCGCCCUUCCAAUUGUUUCAUUUCUAUUUUUGAGGGAUUUAUGCAUCCGUAUUGGAUCUGAUUGCAUAGAUGAUUGCUUCAAAGGAAUGUACAAAGCCUAUGUUUUGAACUGCCAAUUUGUAAAUGCAGUGAAACUUCAACACAUCCAUUUUCUUCGGAAUUGCGUCAUUGAACUUUUAGGUGUGGACCUUGCAGCUGCUUAUCAACAUGCCUUUGUUUUUAUCCGGCAGUUGGCUAUGAUUUUAAGAGACGCUCUAAACACAAAAACUAAGGAAGCAUUCCGCAAAGUGUAUGAAUGGAAAUUUAUGAACUGUCUUGAACUCUGGACUGGUGCUAUUUGUGCCUACAACUCAGAGUCUGACUUAAAGCAACUCGCGUACCCUUUGACCCAAAUAAUAUCUGGGGUGGCCCGUCUAGUCCCCACAGCCAGAUAUUUUCCCCUUAGAUUGAGAUGCAUCAGCAUGCUAAACCGUAUUGCAGCUUCGACAAAUUCCUUUAUCCCAGUGUCCAUUCUUCUUUUGGACAUGUUGGAGAUGAAAGAAUUGAAUAGGCCCCCAACAGGAGGCGUUGGCAAAGCUAUUGACUUGCGAAGUAUACUGAAGGUUAGCAAGCCAAGCCUGAAGACUAGAGCAUUUCAAGAGGCAUGUGUUUCUUCUGUAGUUGAAGAGCUUGCUGAACACUUAGCACAAUGGAGUUAUUCUGUUGCAUUUAUGGAAUUGUCUUUUAUUCCUCUCGUGAGGUUGCGCAGUUUUUGUAAAUUGACAAAAGUUGAGAGGUUUCGGAAAGAAAUGAGGUUGCUUAUUCGCCAGAUUGAGGCUAAUUCUGACUUUGUGAAUGCAAAGCGCAUGUCAGUUUCCUUUUUACCUAAUGACCUUGCAGCAGCAUCCUUUCUUCAGGAUGAGAAGGAGACUGCUGUCAGCCCUCUGUCCAAGUAUGUUGUAACUCUCCGCCAGAGAGCAGAGAAAAAGAAUGCUUCAUUGACAGAUUACAGUGUUCUUGUUGGGGAAGAGUCCGCUGUUUUUGGUCGUAACAUACCAGAAAGUGAUGAAGAUGAUGAUGAUGCCAGAAAGAAUGAGGAAGGUGCUUCUGUCUUCAAUUCGUCUUGGUUACCUGGAAAAGGCUCCAAGGUAAAAAAUCCUACAGAAACAAAGAAAAAGAAGAAGCAGCAGCAAAAACAGGUAGCAACUGAUGAAGAUGUGGUUGAGGACUUGGUACUCAGUUCUGAUGAGGAUGAUGAUUUUCCUAAUGAGAGCCUUUCUGAGGGAGAAAAUGAUGAUGCAGACGAAGUACCUCCAAAGCAGAAAAGCAAGAAGCAGAGAACAAAAAGAUCAAAACAAAAGAAAUCUCCUGGCAAGACUAGAAACAGGUAGAGAUCUAUUUGGAGACAUCGCUUUUCUUUACUCAGUCGGCUUUGG